GGGAGAUUGGCAUCACCACACACGAAAAGGAGUUGUUCAGCCUUUUGUUGCGACUCUGGGUGACUGGUUUGUGGAGCAUGUGCAAGUCUUGCCUUCCUUGUGGACACCACUGGCUUAACAGCUGCCUCAGCGAGGUCUGAACAAGCUUACCUUUUAAGUACCUCGGAGGGAUUAGCGAAACCAGCUGAUUAUUCUGUCCUGUCAGGGUAAAUGGAUUGUUAAGGACUUAAGGCAUUCCUGAGAAACACACAAACUUGGAAUUGGCAUCCUGAUCUGUGGUGUGUGAGAACUUUUCAUCCUUCUAAUUGCUGAAUUAGCUCGGAGAAUACCAAGGACCAGCUUGCUAGCUCCUCAGAUGGAUUGAUUGUAAAGGUGAACGAUCCAUUGCAAAACGCGGGACUGGUGCUGGGCUGCUCGCUUCUGACUUGUCCUAAUUAAAGUUUUGUUUCUGGGUGGGAAAGGUGUGCCGGGACGCCUGCAUAGGAACCUGAAAACCCUCCCCACGAUCACGUGCCAGUCCCACCUGCUGGUUUUGAAUGGUCUUGGGAGGGAGGAGGGAAGAUGACAGGAGGAAGGACCGUGAACACGGUGGAAACUGAUUAAUAGGCAUGUGGAAAAGCAUUGGUGUUCGCUUACUGCCGAGGCGUGCAGGGAACUCCCCACGCUGCUCCUCUGCCUGCAGGAGCUGGCAGGGAGGCUCUGGCAGCACGGGGAGAUCAGAGGGGAACUGCAGAGCGCUGGCUGCGGGCAGGACAGCAGGAGCAGCACGUGCUCCGCUGCCGAGGGGCUCUGAGCAGGCUCAAGUGGCUGCAGAGGAGCGAGAGGAGGCAGUGGCGGAGCAACAGAGAGGAACCGACUGGUAAACACGAGCAGCUGCCAAGUCAGAUGACUUGAGCACUCCUGAGGCGAGCAGGACACCAGGCCGGCUGAAGAACAAGAUGAGUCAGGCAGGGGAGAACAGGAGCAACUGGUUGAGGAAGAGCAGGAUGCGGUUGUGAAACAGGGAGCUCGCAGAAGUGCUGUUGGACGACAGAACAGCCCACCGGAGGAGCUGCUGAAGACUUGGGAGCACAUCUGACUGCUGCUGCCACAGGGCCCCGGCCAGCCGGACACCAUGUACUGCCUUCAGUGGUUGCUGCCUGUCCUGCUCAUACCCAAGCCCCUCAACCCAGCACUGUGGUUCAAUCACUCUAUGUUCAUGGGCUUCUAUCUGCUCAGUUUCCUCCUAGAACGGAAACCUUGCACAAUUUGUGCCUUGGUCUUCCUGGCAGCUCUGUUCCUCAUCUGCUACAGCUGCUGGGGGAACUGCUUCUUGUAUCACUGCACAGGAUCCCAGUUGCCGGAAUCAGCUCAUGAUCCCAGCAUCGUAGGCACCUAGAGAAUGAUAAUCUUCCAGUCUGCUGACAGCUCUGGUUUUGCUUUUUUUUUUUUAAAAAAAAAGGGGGGCUAGGGAGGAGGGGAGGGGGUGCUAGGCAUGUGACUGGAGUAAAAACAGCCUGUUUCCUGUAACAUGUGCGUGGACUGGAGUGGUAAAUUCCUGACCAGCCCUCCCACUCUGCCUGUGAAAUUUGACUUGUUUACUGUGUGAACUCUGGCAGCGCCACCUGCUUUUUUAGAAGCAGAAAUCUUUUUCUUUUCCCCUUCCCAUAUCACUGGGAACGGACACCAGCCCUCCUAACUGAGAACUGCUGGAGGAAAGAGCUGUUGGCCUCUGUCCAGCUGUUGCGUGGUGGUGGAGCUGCGUGGCAGUCGUCUGCAUUAGGCCACGGUGGUCUAACUUGGGGCUCCCGGCCCUCUGAUUCUGCUCAAGUAGCUACAGGAUCCUCUCCAUCUUUGUGUUUGUGGGGAGCCAGCCUUCCCGCCUUGCUGAUCAAGGGAAGCUCAACAGCUCGCAGAUGCACUUGGCCAAAAGCUGCUGGAGCCAGAGGCAGUUGAGUCAUCUCCUCCCGCUCAGCCUGCCAAAGAGAUGCGCGCACUGCCCAAGUGCUUUCUGAACUACUUAUGCUCCGAGAUCAUAGCCUGAAAGCCUCAGUUGUGCUGCUGCUUUUAUAAAGCCUCACAGGCAGUGGAGACUGCCUCUUCCCCUGCUAGAUUUCCAGGGUUCACUGAGGUAUUGACUGUUGGGAUAAAAAACUGCUAUGCUGCAAGACAUGGGGUUUUCACAGGCACCACGAACCUCACCCCACAAAGCUCGCCGCUAGCCCACAAGGCUGGGUGUGGGCAGGGCAGGAGAGGGCCCUGAGGUGGAGGCAUAGCUUGGAGCAGGGGCUGCUUCAGCUGCUUUUGGUGACAGUGUUCUCAGGCCAGGGGUGACAGGGGGUGCUGGUGCUGUGCAGUGGGGAAGGAGUGAGGCCAGAGGGGCUCCCAGUGCCUCCAUCUCCCCUGGCAGAAGGAUGUCAGGGCUGGGUGGUAGCGGGUUGCUCUUACACAGCCGCUGCUGAGAGCUCUGCACUCAUUGCUGCCUGCAGCAGCGGCUGUCAGGGGAGCCUUCCCUGGGGCAGGGGUUUGCUUGUGAGCAACCUUAGGGGUUAACACAGAGUACUGUCUCUGCACUGUCAAAGGGUUCCCUCUCGUUUGCCAUCUGUUCAUCUUUACUUCAGUCUAUGAGUCCCACAGGGGAGAGUGGCACAAGUGGCUGCUGCUGUCCCGAGGAAGUUCGAGCUACGGGGCUGUGAAACUUCCUGAGUAUUGUUUGUUCAUUGCACAGCUGUUCAAAAUGUUUAAUAAAGCUUUAUAAACUUUGGUC